ACAAAUUCUGAAAAGUGUGUUCUUACAAAACACUGUUGUUUAAACACGAUUUCAGGCAGAAAACUAUUUAUUACUCAACAAGGCAGUCUCCUGUUCCUGUCAGUUCCAUACACCCCGUCUAAAUCUAUACAUUCGCUGCAAAUUUAGCAACAUUCGUACUUUUCCAAGGCAGUGAUACGAGCAGCGUCGCUUAUCGUGCAAUUUAGCCAACUAGAUAUGCCUACACAAUAUGGAACUUGCGAUUUGUAAAACAGAGUUGGCAACUACCAGAUUUAUGCUACCAACUGCACCGGCCUCUUUCUACCAGAAGAAUAGCGCUCACUUUAGUGAGAUACUCAAUUUCAACACAAAUUAUUUGCUCAAUAAAAAUAAUCCUAUCAACUGUAGUAGUGGUACUCAAAACAACAACAGCAACAGUCAAAAUAAUAGUGUCUGUGUUAGUGCUAGUGCUAGUUCUAGUCAAGUCAAUAGUAAUCAAAAUAUUAGUGUUAACAAUAACAAUAACAAUAACUCAGUUUCAAGCAACAGCGACAGCUGCAACAACAACAGCGUCAGCGGCAGCGGCAGCAUGCGUCUGAAAAAGAAUCGGAGAGUGACUUUCCUAAAAAAUCUAAUUGAGACAAAUAUCCGCAUAAAAGAAGAGCCUGAUGAUGGCAGCAAAGACAUACCACCGCCAAUGUGCAGCCUAUCGGAUAUGUCCGAUCACGAGGCGUCAAUCGAUCAUCAACAAAGCAACGCGCAAUACAGUAGCCACAGCAACAUCAUUAAUGAUCACAGCCAGAAGGCGUUCAACAUUGUUGGCGAGAACGAAGGAAAGGAGCCGGCCGGGAGUAGUAGUUCAAACAAACACCGUCAUUAUAGGCUGCGCUUAAGACAACAACAACAACAGUAA